GCGUCCCACGUCUUUGACAAACGAUGAACAUCGUCCAGAUCAUCGACUACGGACUGGUGGGCGAUAGCUCUCUAUAUGCCAAAAGGCCAAACAAGAAGAGGACGCAUGUGACAACAGAAUUGCAGUAUGUGAUCCCGGGAACUUUGGAGGUGCACCCCUACCCUGGCGGCGGCAUCAACGAGAUUCGAAGCUUCCUGAGGGGGUCAGCGGCCAGGGGCAAGGCCUAUCAGGUCUUGGGGAUCAGUUAUUUCGGGAAUGAACACACCGCAUCUCCCAUGAACGAACAAGUCUUUCAUGAAGCCUGGCAAGACCUCUACGACCUGCUGGGUUCGGGGAUCGUCUUGGACCGGGUGGUGUUUUUCAUGGGUGGAUAUUCUGCCAAAUAUGGAUACAGCCAGGUUUAUGAUGACAACAUGGAAACGAUCCGCAGGUGGACACGCGAUGCAGGCUUCGAGGUGCGAACAGACUUUGAGAAGGUGGCAGAAUGGCGGCUCUCUGCGGAUAAUUUGCACUGGGAUGUGGAAAUGAAUCGGGAUUUGGCCGACUACUGGUGCAGGCUCUUGUUGAAUGCUCGGCAAGACCCGGUCGACAUUGGUCCACCACCCCCAGCGCCAGCACCGCCAAUCUUUACCCCGCCGGUUUACGUCGCCACACCCCGGCUGGACGCGCCUUCCCCGGUGGCAGCGACGUCAGUGAGCGGUGAAGGUAACGGCAUUCCAUGGUGGAUGACUCAGGACUUUCCUCCGGAGCCUGUGCCAGUGAAGCCAGUGAAGCGGGUGCAGGAUUCUUCUCCGGUUAUUCUCAACAGCACUGGGCCCACCACACCGCACAGUGCAGCGCCGCUGGCCUCGUUCCUUGCGCAGUCGGCAGCGCAAUCGGAGGAGCCUUUUCUGCGACGCAGUCCCCCGGUGACGCCGCGAAGCGGGGGCGCGUUUGCACCGGCGCAGCCGGUGCAGGAGCCUUUUCUGCGACGCAGCAGUCCCCCGGUGACGCCGCGAAGCGGGGGCGCAUUUGCACCGGCGCCGCCGGUGCAGGAGCCGUUUCUGCGACGCAGCAGUCCCCCACCGGUGCAGUCCAUGGAGGAGCCACAAGCUGCGACGCCGCGAAGCCCGCGAGCCACAACUCCGGCAGUCACGCAGCCCGCACAGGCCCCAGUGCUGCACCGCCGCAUCUCGUCGCCGUCGCCAAAGCCGCGGCGCGCGGCUUGGGCGACGGGGCAGGUACCGAUGAGUCCGAGGGAAGAAACGCAGGCCGGGUCCAAGCGAAUCGCCUGCAGCAACGCUUCCUGCGACUUUUUGGUGUCGGAUUUCAAGAAGAUGGGCAGUUUUUGCUGCAAGAAAUGCCAUGUGCACUACAGUGGUGGCAGCAAGAUGUUGAAGCACGGCCCGCUGUGCCAACAGCGCUUAGCGGCUCCCUGGGACCAGAGGCUUUCGCAGCCGCUGGCGCCUCCUGAGGCAUCAGUUAGUUCAGCAGAAAGCACAGCGGGCCGUGCAAGCACCGCAGAAAGCAUCCCACGAUUCGGCGCAACAGAUCUGACGGAUGCGACGGUGACAGGUCCUGCCUCGUGUGCGUCAGAGAAGGCGGAUAAAGAGGAGAUUGUCUACGACGUGACCUUGGACCGAAAGUCCUUCGGUGUCAAGUGGGGGCUCCAACUGGCGAUUUGGCGAGAAACAGGAGUUUUCACCGUAUUGCAGGUUCGCCAGUUCUCUCCUGUGGAAGAAUGGAAUUGCGUAGUGCCACUGCCAGAGUAUCGUAUACAGAAAGAUGAUGAGCUGUUGCUUGUGAAUGGAGUUGCGCCGGGCAGUGACUACUGGGAAGUCUUCAACGAGAAGGAGAACUAUGUCGAGCUCGUUUUCAGACGGGCGAAGAUCAGCAGUUCUGAGUCCUCUGCCUGACGAUCCAAUGGUGCCCGAAAAUCAUAACAAGGUGGUGCCCCCCAAGUUAUAAGUUGAUUUA